AUGAAGCGCGAAAUCGCCGUGUUACCGGCUCGAAGAUCUGAGACUCAACGUACGAAACAACUUGAAUUGCAGUGGAAAAGUGCACGAAUUCGAUGCAACGAUGUAGAGUUGAGUUGUCGUCGUGAAAAGCAGGAAUCAUUAUGCAAGCUGACGCCUGUACCACCACCACCACCAGCAGCAGCAGCAGCAGCAGCUACAGCAAUUCACUCACCGUAUCCUCUUCUCAAUUACCUCAUGGGUACAUAUGUGUGA